AUGUCCAACAUCGUCGACGCUGAAGCCGGCACCGAGCGCUUCGGUGGCUAUGAGGCAGAGCUGAAGCUGGUGCAGGCGGACCUGUCGCAGCAAAUCGAACAAAUCAAGGAGACCACGGGCGAACCGCGCAAAGCCGCCAUCAGCAGGGCGGAGAGAGCGCUGGAGGAGGCCGACGAGCUGAUUGGCCAGAUGCGCCUCGAGAAGAGCAACAUCCCCGUCAGCCUCAAGGGCAAAUACAACGCAAAGUUCCGCAACUUCGAGUCGGACCUCGACGCCACCAAGCGCCGGCUGCAGCAGUACACAAACGACAAGGCCAAGCUGUUCGGCGCGCGCUACACGGACGACCCGGAGGCCGGCGACGCCCAGCUCGAGCAGCGCCAGCAGCUGCUCAGCGGGACUGACCGCCUGAACCGCUCCUCGGGCCGCCUACGAGAGUCGCAGCGCAUCGCCCUCGAGACGGAGCAGAUUGGCGCCGGCACCCUGAGCGACCUGCAUCGCCAGCGCGAGACCAUCGAGCACACCCGCGAGCGCCUGCUCGAGUCGGAGAGCUACACGGACCGCAGCAUCAAGACCCUGCGCGGCAUGGCGAGACGCAUGGCCACGAACCGCAUCAUCACCAUUGCCAUCAUCACCGUGCUAGUCCUACUCAUCAUCGCCGUCAUCUGGAGCAAGUUCCGCUGA